GAACACAAGCAGACACAAAAACAUCAGAAACAUAAAACUUCAAAUUCUAUCCAUCUCACUCACACUCCUCAGUCAUCACUUUCCUCUCUCUCUCUCUCUCUCUCUCUCUCUCUACCUCUCCACCUCUCCCUCCUUUCCAUCUUUCCAUGAAUCCCGACGAAACCGAAGACCACCUCUUCUCUCACCACCACCUCAACCCCCAUCAUCUGGACCCACCACAACAAUCCUCUCAGAUCCUCCAAUCCCAGCCGUCCAUUCAGCACGAAUCCCAAGACGACCCCGCUUUCUCCCUCCCCGAAAUCGCCCUUUUCCGCUCCUCCCCCUCCUCCUCUCCUUCCUCGUCCUCUUCGUCCUCGCCUAGCCACUGCUCCUCCAACUCGACGAUCCAACCUGCCCCAGCCCCUGUCCCCAAACUCCAUAUCAGCCCCGAGCCCCACAUCUCGUCCCAGUUCUACACCUUCAAUUCGGAGUCCCACUCCCUGAUGAUCCGCUGCCUCCUGGAGCAGCGACUCGCCACCCCGGCUGAGAUCCGCGCUGCCACACCCCGGGCCGUCCUCAAGUCCUGGCGCGCCGUCUGGAAGGACCGCAACGAGGACACCGCGUACCUUACCGCCUGGAAGCGCAUCCAGGACAAGCUCGCCGCCCACGUCGACCCCACCACCGGUAAUCAAUUCCUCUGCUUCAAAAACAAUUCCCAGCAAUUCGUCUCCCAUAUUAACCAGUGGCAAGAUAUCGUUAUGACUUUCCACUCCGACACCGAUAUCAAACACCUAGGGCUUAAAGAAACUAUUGAGAGAAUUAAGCAGGCCUGGACUGUAGGUGCCAAAUUUUACGGCAUACCUGAGAGCUACAUCAGGGUUUGCGUCGCCGCCUGCCCCGUGUGCUCUGCAGCGUCGUCGGGGGGUUCCUCCGCUGCUGCGCGAACUAAGCGCCGUAGGUUUGAGUACACGGAGUCCUUUGAUGUGCCGGCGAAGGAAGUGCCUAAUAAGCUUCAGCAACUCGCUGCCAAGCAUAAGGUUGUGCUUUGCAUCAGGCAGAAGUAUAUUAGGUAUAAGCCGUUUAUGGCGGAGGUGAAGGAUUAUGCUUGUCAUAGGGCAGGUGAGCCUGCCGCGAAGAAGUCAAAGAUUCUGAAGAGGGAACCUUACGCGUCCAAGCGGUGUGGGUGUGGAUUUCGGAUCAGGGCUAUUGUGCCAAUUGCGAAUUAUAAUGAGAAGGAUAAAACCUUUGUGUAUCAGGAAGAGGGGAUGGCGGUGUUUAAGCUGUAUGCGGUGCAUACAGGGCAUGAGCCAGGGCCGUUGGAUGGGAAUGCGAGGAUUAUGCAUAGGGUUGUGGGGCAUAAAGGUGCUUUUUUGAUGGACCAAGAGACGGUGUAUGGGGUGAGCGAGGAAAUGGAGAAUGAGGGGUUUGGGUUGAUGGGGAAGGAUGAUGGGGAUUUGCAGCUUUCAGUUUUGCACCAGGCGCAGGAAUUGAGAACUGAGGUUGGGUUGCUAGAAGGGAAAAUUGCGAAACUCCCACACGAGUUAUUGGGUUCAGUAUCUCGAGAACUGUGUGAGAUUGUGAAUAAAGUCAGAACUGUGGGGGAAGAGAGUUUGAAGGCAAUUGGAAUGAUCUCGCACAAGCCGCAUGCAGAUGAUGUGCUGGUUGGUGAGAAUGAUCUGGUGCAUUGGAGUGAUCAUCACCAUGAGCGUAUAUAUGUGGAUGGCAAGGAUACAGAUUUGAUUGAUGAUGAUGAAGACAGUUUUGGGCGAACUCUUGGUGAUGUUGUUCCUUGGGACCAGUUGAGGGAAGAUUGUAGGAGUCAGAAGGAUCUGAUGAGCGAGCCUUGCAAGCCUGAAAAGUGGUUGAAAUGCAGUGACUUUGACGAGAAGAGCAUUCUUGAUUGUGAAGAUACUAAACUAACCAAGUCCAAUAGGCACGAUGAGGCUAUAGUCACAGAUGUAGGUCUUGUCGGUAUACAGGUUGAUAGUUUCUACCAAGAGAAUCCAAAAUGGUAUGAUUCUCCUUGUGGAUUGGACUCCAGUGCAGAUUGCGAGGAUAGUGGAUUCAGGCAUGGGGAGAUUGUGUAGAGUCAGCAGCAUAAUUGAUCUACUCUAACUUGGUAGUGGAUUUUUGUUGUAGUUAUUCAUCCCUUCACACGGUCGAAGAGGGUUGUACAUUAAUGUAUACAGAAGACUGGAGCUGCUCGCAUGUAUUUUUUGGGUGUCUUUGCUGCGUGUGGUUUUGUAAAGUAUAGCCCAAAUGGGCUUUCCUGCACAUAUGUGUUUUAACUCUUUUAAACGACUUUCUUGGCCUUCAGAUUUUUUAGGUUGCUUUUGUCUAUGAUGCACAUUGGUGACUGUUUCAAUCUGUUUUCUUCUUUCCAAUCUUUGCAUGUAUGACAUGUCUAGUCUUACUUCCACAAUUCUUCUGGCAUUAUGUGGAUUUAUUUGCCUCUCUCUUGUAUUUGCAUCUUUAUAAGCCUCUUUUUCUGAAGCUCAGCUGCCUGUCACUUUAUAGUUUUUCUGUUUGGUUACAGUGCUUAACAAACAGUUUGAUGCAUUGCUGCUUGGUUAAGCUUGUGCAAUUUGUUGUGGAGGUUGUCUUUGAUCAACUGGUCAGUAUCACCCUUUAACAUGCAUUGAAAUCUGUUUACUUUUGGUCUUUAUCAUCUACCUGGGCAUAUGGUACCAAGUUAGGAGGUGAUAACUGCACUGGUGUAAUAGUGCCUCGUGUUUUUGAGCAUCUUAUCUUUGAUGGGAAUUGAGCAAAAAGAAAAUUGGCCUAAUUAGCCUCUCUCCUACAAUUUCAUCUAUCUUAAAUGUUAUAUCACAUCAGUCUCUCUCCUACAAUUUCAUGUAUCUCGUGUUCUUUUUCUUCAAUUAAUACGCUUGGUCACUUCCAGAAUGGUUGGUGUUAAUUCUUCAACUAGAUCAUUAUGCCGCAAGUAAUGUCGAACUGUUCUUAUAUCCAUGAAUAUUUGUUCUUUAUCUUCUAUUUCCACCAUUCCUUUGUGCUAGACAAAAAUUCUGGUUCUUUAUGGUCUGGCUAGGGUUGAGCAAAUUUUUGGACACCAAAGAUGACCUGUUGGCAGGAGCCAGCCAGUGAUGAGCUGCAGGCAACUGGGGAACUUUGCUUUACAAAGUGGUUGACACUGGACGGCGUCCUUGGGGUGGUGUUGUGCACGUUUACGUAAUUCACCAAGAAGGUGUCUCUUCUUUUUGUAUUAAUUGUUGAUAGCAAAACAUUGAUUGGGGUGAUUGGAUUGGAUGCACCAGCAAGUAUUUGAAAAGAUUAAAUAAGCCCUGUCACAGAGAGCUAGGUAUGAGGAAUAAGUGCAAGGCGAAAGGAGUUGGAACCAUAUGUUUCUCUGCUGUGUCAAACUAUUCCGAUCCAGCUGCCUCAGUGCUUGACAGUAGUCGGUCAUCCUGACAGCUUCUUUGUUUUAACAUGCAGCAAGGAGCCUUUGAAGUGGGGUAUUUAUAACUGCAUGAUGUAACCUAGGGAUAACUUGUUGGAUGCUAUCAAUGUGGCAUGUUCCUGCUAAAGCGUGCCAUACUCUUGCCGGACAGCCAUUGUGAGUAGAAAGCAAUUGUGGAAGUGUUUUGCGAGUAGAAAGCAACUGUGGAAGUGUUUCACGGUUUCACCGGGAGGUAACACAUUCUUUUUGCCCUGUGCUUUGAUGUUAUUGUACUGGUCUUUAGCCUGAAGUUAUUGUGUCUUGAACUGUGAAACAAAGGAGUGUUCUCUACAUUGACAGAAUGCAACUCUGUAUUCACCGUUCGGUGAAGUGCAUGAGGGAGGGGUAUUACAUGAGCCAGCAACCAAUCAACCGAUGCUUUUCAAAAUAUGUAAUUGUCAAAGGUCAAUAACUUCCUCCCACCCGAAAUAAUUUAGGCGUAAAUAGAAACUAUGUAGAGAAAUUUGUGCACCAUUUUAUUAAUGUGAUUGAGCAAAUGUCCCAUUUAUUAAUGUUUCUAA